ACACCACAAAAUAAAACAUUGGGUGAGGGGGAUAAAUAACAGAUGUCGCACUUUGGGCAGAUGAUCACGGUUACCAACCUGCGUACAAGAGCCAUUGUCACUCCUUUAAAUAUAUGUCGCCCACCUGGUCCAAAGCUCUCAGUCCUUGGUUUUCUAGACACUGACAAUCAAGCAGCUGUGUUCUUGCUCAAGUCUAUAUUCUCCACCUAAAAAUAAUAAUGACAGCAACUACUGGCAUGGAAGAUGGAAAAUGCAGUGACAAGAUGGAAGAAGAUGGUAGUUUGAGGACUUUGGAGUGCCUCAGAGGGAGACUGCUGGCGGAGAGGCAAGCUUCAAGGGUUGCAAAAGAGGAUGCAGAACUCAUUGGCAAGAAGUUAGUAGAACUACAGAAGCAGCUCAAAGAAGAGAUCAAACUAAAGGAAAAGGCGGAAAAGAAGCUCAAAUAUUUGAAGAAAAAGCUUGAAUCUUUGAAUAAUUCCUCCAAAAAUAGUGAAAAAUCUUGUACACAAUCCACUACUACUUCAUCAGGAUCCAAUCAUCCAGAAACCCAUGAAGCCAAAUCCAAAGUUGCAGAGUCAGAAAUCCCAGAAGAAUCAAGACAAAAUGCAGCAGACUCCAUCACAUCUGAGCAAAGCCAUGAAAGCACUUUCACUGAUGAAAACACUUCUUCUCAAAGCACUUCUGGUUCCAGUUCUAGUUCCAGCGUAGAAUGUUCUUCUUCCCCAAAAGGGUUCUGCCACAACCCAAGUCAUAAAUCUGAAGAUCCAAAGAUCGAAGAUGGUAAUAGGUAUGCAAGUCCAGUUAACCUGACCAGUUCUAUCAGGUUUAGUGUCCGUACUUAGGUUGUUCAACCUUAAACAGAGAUUGAGAAUGGUGACUUGGGGUUAUUAUGUUGAUACACACUUGCAUUAGUACCUGUGACUAUGCCUGCCACUUGUCACACCAGCACUGAAUUGAAGCCAGUUGCUGAAAAUCUUAUGAUGCCACAAGGAAUACCAGAGAAAAUCUUCAAAGAUCAAUGGAGAAGAGGCAUAUGAUUUGAUUUGGUCCGUUUGAUCACCAAUCUCAAACAUGCAAAUAGUGAUCAUUAAUGCUCAUGUGACAUCCUAUGGAGAUGAAAUGAUUAGUGCUAGUUAUACUUACUGUUUGAAUUGCAUGGCUCUAAAUAUCGGAGUAUGAAGUAUGUAAGCGUGCUAAAGAAAAAGUUGAUAAAUUUCUAGUCACGUGUAUUUUUGGAUGGAUUAAUAUUUGUGGAUGUGGGUAAUAAAGUUGUUACAUCUGGUACAUUCACUCAUAGAGGGCAUGUGAAUUGUGGGGUUUGUUGCAACAUUGAUGCUCUGAUUUGGACCCCGACUUCUUGGCCACUUUCUUCUUUUGGUUUUCUCUACUUUAUAUUGUAGCAAUCUCUUGAGUGGAAUUGAAUUUUAGCAGGUGGUUGGCUAUGGCA